AUGCGCCAGGAUGCGGUAAUGCAGCAGGUGUUCGGUAUAAUGAACAUACUGCUGCGCCACGAUAAGGAAACGGCGCACCGGAAGCUGUCCGUGCGCACGUACAAGGUGGUACCGCUGUCGAGGCAAAGCGGCAUACUGGAAUGGUGCAACAACACGAUGCCGAUCGGUGCGUGGUUGCUUUCCGGGCAUGCCAAGUAUCGGCCGCAGGACCUGGAACCGACAGCGGCGCGGAAAAGUUUUCCAAUGUAUAACGCGGUGGCCGGCAUGACGUUGCCGAAGAAGCUGAAAAACUAUGAAGAAAUCUGUGACAAAAUUCGGCCCGUCUUUCGGCACUACUUUCUCGAGCAGUACCUGAAGCCGGGCGUGUGGUUCGAGCGGCAGCAGAACUACAUCAAAAGUGUGGCCGCCAGCUCGAUGAUCGGGUACGUGCUGGGCAUCGGCGAUCGGCACGUGCAGAACAUCCUGAUCGACAAGCUAACAGGGGAGGUGAUCCAUAUUGAUUUUGGCAUAGCGUUCGAGAGGGGGAAAAAUCUGCCCACCCCGGAGACCGUCCCGUUCCGCUUGACGCGUGACAUUGUGGAUGGUAUGGGGAUAAGCGGUGUUGAGGGUGUUUUCCGCAAAUCGUGCGAGGAAACGCUGGAAGUGUUGCGGAACAAUCAGACGGUGAUCCUCGCCAUCCUGGAGGUGCUGCUGUACGAUCCGCUCUACUCGUGGAACGUGCUGUCAAACAAGAAAGCAAACCGUCGGCAACAGCAAGCCUUCCUUUCGCCAUCCGGUGACGCUGAUGAGGCCGAUGGAGCGGUCGGUGGUCUGCCGAUGGAUGCGGCUAAUAUCAAUGUGACGGCCGAGCGUACGUUGAUGCAGGUGGAAGAGAAGCUGCUUGGCCAGGAGGACAACAAGUACAUCUCAGUCGAUGGGCAGGUGCAAAUGCUAAUCUUCAACGCAAUGAACAAGCGCAAUCUCUGUCAAGUGUUUGCGGGAUGGCAACCGUACCUGUGA